CUAAUUUUUCUAGUUGAAGAAAAAAUGCUUUUUUUUUUCUUUUGUUACCACCAGUUGAAAAAGGUUCCCAAAUGAUCCAACCAACGAACUUUCACUAAGAUUUAGCCAUACACUAUGUACUGGUCAACUAAAAAUCUCAAUGAUCUAAAUUCACGGGGGCACUGGUUUAGAUCGGUUCUGCUAAAAGUGUACUUACGAUUUAUUUGUUUUUCUUGAGAAAAUGUACUUUAGUUUUCUAAGAAACUUGACCAAAAAAAAGUUUUCUAAGAAAAGCUUUUAAGUAGCUUUUUAUUAACUUAUACAAUUUACUGACCGCAAACUCUCUAAGCGUAGGCUUUGUUAACUACCAUGAACAAGUCACACAAGACCAAACCCACGAAGCAUCAUGUUCUUUAGGUUUCGAACCGGUUUUGUGCUAUAGAGACUUGUGUGAUUUUAGUGUGUUUAUAGGGUUGAUGAGACAUGCUGAAAAGCGUUUGAGUAUAUAUAAAGGGGAAAUUACGUGUUCAUAUAUUAAUAAAAUGGUAUUCUACGUCCUGGGAAAAAUGGGAUUUUGUAAACAAUUAUUGUAAGAAAAUGUUUUUAUUACUCAAGGGUAAAAAAUGAUCUUAUGGUGACUUGUUCGUUGUUGUUCCUUCAACCGCGUCUUUGUAGCAUUUCUCGUAGCCUCUCGUAGUGUUUUAUUUGCUGCACAACCACAAACACAGUGAGUUUCAAUUUAAAAUUCAACGAGAGCUUCAAAUUAGUGAAAACAAAGAGAGAGAAGAGCAUCGUAACCUGUUUGCUCACAGACGGUGAGACCAAGGAGACGGCUUGCUGAAAAUGAGUCACCUUGAUGGUACAAUCAAUAACACCAUCACCUUCAGACGACUCAAUAGAAAUAAAUUUCUCCUCUAUUGCCACGUGUAUAACUUUUGUCCACCUUCCAAAUUCAAACCAAACCAUCAGAAUCAUUCACACAUUACAGAACACCAGUCAUCUAAUGAUUCAAGAAAACAAAAAAAAAUCACCAGGUUAGCCAGAUCAGCUCCGCUGAAACCUUCACAGUUUAUCCUCGCAAUGGCAUCCAGGUCAACACUGGAUCUACGGGUUUCUUCUUUCCCAUAGCUUUAAGGAUUGAAGCACGCUCAUCCGCGGUGGGUAGAGGUACAUACACAAGGUUCCCAAACCUACCAUGUCUCAAGUCUAAGUCUUUGGACCACAACAGAGAGUAUCUGAGCCCUCGCAUCUACAUCCGGAAGGCCAAGAGCAAUCUCACAAUCAAAUCUCCCAUUUCUCCUCAGAGCAGCAUCAAUAGCCUCAAGCCUGUUCGUAGCUUCACAUUCAUCUUAUCAAACGGUCGAGGAUUGAGAAGCGGGAACAGAACAUCAGUCUCCAAUUUAUCCAACACUGUUUUAAUCCCACCGAAAUCUUUAAAGGUACGUCCGUUAUUCCCCUCAACAGCUUCCAAAUCAACGUCACAACUCACAAGUAGUAGUUCCGCUCACGGAACGAGAGACUUUACCAUCCUUUCUCAACCCCGUUGUAGUCAUCUUGCUGCUAUCUUUGUUUGUCACAGUCUCGACUUCAACAAUCGGUUUCUCAGAGGAGGUUUUCAGCUUAGCGUAGUGAUCACGUAAGCUGUUAUUGGUCAAAUCAAACUUCUCGCUGUAUACGGCAUCCUCAGAAGUCGAGACGACAUCGCCACUGUCUUGUGAAGAAGAAGAAGAAGACACUGAUCGCUCUUUAUUUGUCCUCUUAUCAUCGAUAUUAAAAGGGGUGGUGAAUCUUCGUAAAACUAUUGAAAACAAAGAAAAGAACACAACACAACCCCUUUUUUAGCAGGAUGCAAUUUGGGGUUCAACACAACAAUCUACAGUCUCUAAGGAAAGAGACUAAGAAAAUUAUACAUAGUCUACAUAAGUAGUAACCAACCUAUAAAUAUCAUAUUCCACAAUGAGUAAUCUUGUACCACUAACCAUAUGGAUAUCUCACGUAAAUUGCAUUGAACACGAUCAGAUAUUAACCUACCAGCUCUAGUCAAACUCUUCACGAUCAUAAAUCUCUGGUAGUUAAGAAUAAUUCAUUAUAGUUGACGAGAAAGUUUGUCUUCAGAAAAAAAACCUAAUUUUUUUAUUGGAAGGACUCAUCCAUGAAAACUAAAACAUGAGCCAAAACCUACAAUUAAACUGAAUCAUAUAACUAAACAUGAAUCUCUUCAAAGGAAACAGAGAAACGUAUAAUACAAGGAUCAAACAAGAACCUAACAUUGCAUGUCAUAAAAAGCAUAGAAACUCUCAGUGUCGUGAAUCAAUAACCUAAACUUGAAUUUUUUUUUAAGCAAGAGAAGAGCCACAAAUUUCUGAAAACAAUAAAAACAGAAGAAUCUUUGAUUAAGACAGCAAAAUUAAUCGUAGCUACUGAUCAAACAAGUGAAGAACCUUGAAUUUCAUAAUUCAAGAGAAAGUGUAGAGACAUUACCAGAAAUAGAUAGUGGAAACGGGAGAACUUCUGAGCUGACACACGAGAGAGUAGUCUUGUGUUUUCUAGUCGACUGGUGAUACCUCUCAGACUAGGUUUAGGUUUGGGUAUUCGGUUAUCCAUUCAAGUAUGGAUAGAUUAUUUCAAAUUUUCUCAUUUUCCUAGGUUCCACUCUAAUAAUUUAUAAAUACAGACCGGGUUUAGAUAAUAACUCUUCGGAUUCAGUUUUAAUUUUUAAUAAAUCUUAAACGUAUAAGUAAACCGUAUAUUUUUCAGCUUUGAGUUAUAUCGGUCCAGUUCGGAUGUAUCUGAAGUAAAAGAUAAAAUUCAAAAGAAAAAAUAAGAAAAACACCUAAACUGAAUAGAAGAUAAUUCAACAUACAUCAAGUUGAUAAAAUAACAACAAAGUGUUGAAUCAUGCAUAAACACAAGGGAAAAUAGUUUUUAAUCAAUAUGUAUAUUACUCUCUCUGUUCCUAAAAGAUUCAUAUUUUAGAAUUUUCACACUUUUUAAUAAAACAUAUAAAACUUAGCUAUAAAUGCAUAGAUUUUGUAAUUUUAUAUUUCUUAUAUUUUAAAAUCAGUACGAUUUUAAGAAAUGCAAAUAAUAUUUUUGAAGUUCACAAUUUAUCAUUAUUAGUUGACAAAAAUUACAUUGGAAAUAUAAGAUAUGUAUCUUUUUGAAACAAAGGUUUUCUCUAGAAUAUGGAUAUUUUAGGAACAGAAGGAGUACUUUAUAGAUAAAGUAGACAUGUUAUUUUAAAGAGUAAAUUAUGAAAUACGUAUUUAUAAGGUAAUUGGAUAUUUAUAGUAUAUAUUUAAGUUUUAAUACUUAUUUUAUAUAACAUAUCAAAAUAAACAUUGGAGUGAUCAUUUGAAACAUAUAUGUAUGUUUCAAAUAUUUAUAUUGACUAUUAUUUCGGAUUUUUGGGUUAUUCGUUCGGAUUCAGUUAAUAACACAUCAAGUUCAGAUAUGUUUUGUAUAUGUCUGUGUAUUUUUUACGUUUUAGAUCAGAUAAUGAAUCAGAUUUUUUGGUUAUGUCAUUCGGAUUUUAUCCCCUAUCUCAGACUGUCAAGUUCAUCAUUAAACUGUCUAAUUUAACUAUUUGAAUCAUUAUGUGUUCCAAAAAAAAUCAUUAAACCACAUAAACUAUCUAUGUCAAACUAACUGUAAUAUUUAAAGAGUGAAAAUCAAGUUCAAUUACUUAAAAUAGCAUUUGCAAUUAUACACCUAUUAUCCGAUUAAACCCAUCUGAAAUCCGAAUGGCAAACGCUAACCAUUGUUUUGGUGUCAUUGUGACUAGUCAUAGUUUACUUCUUACUCUGUCUGCAUUAAUUUCUUGUUUUGGAUUUGGCAACAAUUCCACAAAGCACCGGAGGUUCUAUUCUUUCGCCGUACGCCUCGAUACAGCCACUGCAUGCCUUAUGGGUCCUUUUUGGUUCCUAAAAAAAGGAGAAGGAAAUAAAUAGGAUUUUAAAGAUUAGUUUGAUGAAACUGAGGACACAACUUCUCGGAAGAUAACAAAAUUACUUGUUUAAACCUAAAUUUCUUGACAGACAAGAAAGAAAUAGGUUUUUUAAGGCUAGAGUGUUUAACUUCCCAUACAAGAAAAAACAGCGUGGGAACAUGUGCACUGGGCAUAAAACCCUCAACAUAUUAUGCUCUUUCGUGUUUUUGGGAUUCGUUAGUAUUCUACCGUUGUGUACUAGAACAAAACCACGUGACUAAUCACACUGCCUUUACCGUUUUAUAAUAUAACUAUAAAUCCGUAUAACAUCAAAAUCAUCUACUUUUUUUACGUCAAAAUCCAUGUAUUAUUGACUCAAUUAAAGAAUUUGGAAAACGCCGAAAUUAAAGAAUUUACAUGGAAAACGAGAGAACUUUGGAAACGAGAUAAUUUGGAAAGGAGAUCCGCCCUUACAUCAAAAUCAUCUAGUGGCUGAGGUAAGAAGAUAUGUGAUGUGGUCCAAAAUUUAAUAGAUUACUAAUUUUGUCUAAACUGAAGUGAAUUAGUGAAAUAUUUGGUCAAAAUUAGUUUUUGACCCCCAAGCAGUAUUUUUGAAAUCCGACUCGGACUCUGAAUCAGAUAACUUACCAGGUCGACCAAGGACAAACCAAAGAUUAAUAAAUCAAUUAGUUUUGUUAUAUAAUAAUAUAUUAGUUAUUAAAAAAUAUAAGAAUUUUUUUAUGUUUAAAAAACAUUUGGAAAAAUACUUAACUAUAGUUUUUUUUUCAUUUCACAUACAAAAUAUCAACAAAAAAUAGACUAUUUAACAAUUUCAUAACAAGUUAAGAAUUGUGACAUAUAAUAAUAGUAUAUCAAGACUUGAAUUCUAUAAUUAUUUAAAUGUCAAAUAUGAACAAUAAAAUGAAACUUAAAAUCUAUAAUAUGCCAAAAGUAAAACAUAAAAUUGUAAUAAAUAAUCGAUAAAAAAUAAACUAAUGCCAAAUCACAUCAAAAUAUAUUCAUAAUCCACAUGAUCUUGUUAUUUAUUUUUUAAAACUAAAAACUUAACUUCUUAAUUAGAAUACAAAACAUAUUCUAAUAAUGUAACCGAAAAAUCUAAAAAAAAUAAUUAAAAGUUAUGUUAUGGUUCAACCAGUAGUUCAAUCGGUAGCCGAAUUUCGGCUUUAACGGUUUUUGUGGGUUUUAAUAGAUUUUUAAAUAAUAGAUUUUUAAAUAAUAGAUUUUUUCUAAAACCCAAACCGGAUUUACCGAUUCGACCAGGGAGAGGAGGUUGGGUCGGGUUUCAAAACACUCCCCCAAAGAAAUUUGUGUAGCAAUUUCAAAUAACUCACAAAUGCAUACAAUUUUAUAUUAUUACUUUACUUUGAAUAUAUCAAGUUUAUAUACUAUAUAAGCCUCAGUGAAAAUCAUCUUGAUUACGUUUCUGGUAGAGUAAAUGCAAUUUGAAGAUUCCUGAACAUGUCAUAUACAAAAUAUAAUAUUUGCAGGUUUUGCAUGCUCAUCUCUAUAAGUAUUUGCAUGUGAAUAUAGCUAGAAGCAGAGUGCAGAAAUAAGAGAUAAGAUAGAAAGAGCGUACCUACCCAUUCUUUCUUUCUUUGUUCACGCAUACUCUCUAAUGGCUAACGUAAAGCUUCUUUACCAUUACCUCAUAACCCACUUUUUCAAGCUCUUCUUUCUCCCAUUAAUAGCACUAGUGGCCACUAAAGCAUCAAGCCUAACCCAAGAAGAUUUCCACAAUCUCUGGUUCCAUCUCCAACACAACCUCCAAACUCUAACCAUUGUCUUUGCAAUUUUCACAUUCGGGUCAACCGUAUAUAUCUUGACCCGACCUAGACCUGUUUACCUCGUUGAUUACUCCUGCCAUCUUCCUCCUGCGCAUCAAAAGAUCACAGUCCAAAUGAUCAGAGAUAAUAUCAAAAAGAAUCUAGAAAUAAAUCCUUCUCUAAGAUUACUGGGCGAGGAGUCGUCUUUGGACUUCUUUUAUAGGGUUCUUGAACGUUCAGGCCUGGGGGAAGAGACCUACCUUCCUAAUGCACUUCAUAGCGUUCCACCUCUCCAGAACAUGGCGGCGGCACGUGAAGAGACAGAACAAGUCAUCUUCGACGCCAUAGACAAUCUCUUAACCAACACCAAAGUCAACACGCGCGAGAUAGGUAUAAUCAUCCUCAACUCCAGCACGUUUAACCCGACUCCUUCGCUCUCAGCGAUGGUGGUGAACAAGUACAAGCUUAGGAGCAACAUCAAAAGCAUCAAUCUCGGCGGUAUGGGAUGCAGCGCAGGCGUCAUCGCCAUCGAUCUCGCUAAGGACUUGUUGCAAGUUCACAAGAACACUUACGCUCUUGUGGUGAGCACAGAGAAUAUCAGCCGUAACGCGUACGCAGGCGACAACAAAUCUAUGAUUGUCGCCAACUGCUUGUUUCGUCUCGGUGGAGCCGCGAUAUUGCUCUCUAACAAGUCUGAAGACAGAAGACGUUCCAAGUAUAAACUGCUCCACACGGUUCGGACACACACCGGAGCGGAUGACAAAUCUUUUAGAUGUGUGCAGCAAGAAGAUGAUGAUAAGGGCAAAACCGGAAUCUCAUUAACCAAAGACAUAACCUCUGUUGCUGGGAGGACUAUUACCAAAAACAUAGCCACUUUGGGUCCAUUGGUUCUUCCCAUGAGCGAGAAGCUCCUCUUUUUCAAGACUUAUUUACGCAAGAAGUACUUCGACGACAAGAUUAAACACUAUGUUCCGGAUUUUAAGCGUGCCAUUGAUCAUUUUUGUAUCCACGCGGGUGGGAGAGCUCUGAUCGAUGAGCUCGAGAAAAGCUUGGGGCUAUCUCCGGUUGACGUGGAGCCAUCGAGAUCGACUUUGCAUAGGUUUGGUAAUACUUCUUCGAGCUCUAUUUGGUAUGAGUUGGCUUAUACGGAGGCUAAAGGUAGGAUGAAGAAAGGGAACAAAGCUUGGCAGAUUGCUUUAGGUUCAGGUUUUAAGUGUAACAGUGCGGUGUGGGUGGCUUUACGCGAUGUUAACCCUUCGGUUAAUAGUCCUUGGGAACAUUGCAUUGACAAAUACCCGGUUAAGCUUGAUCUUUGAUUCUUUCAAAGUUAAUAAGGUUGAUCUCCAAUAUGCAUGCAUCGGUCCACUUGUUUCUCUUCCUUUUAUAAAAUGUUGGUGAGUAUGUUUCCCCAGUGCUUUUGUGUCUAGAUUCGCCCCUGUGCCAUGUGAAGUUUUCAUGCAAGUUGAAUUAAUUAAAAGCUAUAAAUCUUUAAGAAACUGGAUACUUACUGUUUAUACAUACACUGUUUGUUCUCCGUGGUAAAUACGAAACAAACACGAUUUAAAAAGGUUAGCUAUAAUGUGAUUUAAUUAUGGUUUAUAGCUAUUAAGAAAUCUUGUGGCUUAAAAUUUUCACAAAAUCUGGUGAUUAUCUAUACUAUUAAAAGGGAAUCACUCCUAAAAAAUCUACUUAAACAAGGUUGUUGGACCAUUUCAUUAGACUUAACUAUUUAUUUGGUCUUAACUUAUAUUUCUCUAACUAUAUAAAUACUUUACAUAAUUUAAAUGAAUUCAUUUAUUAUUUUUUCAUAAUCUAUUAUAUAAUUGCUCUAACAAUAAAUCCAUAUGAAUAUAUGAUAAUUAUUCAAAUGUGAUCAUUACCACAUAUAAUCUAUUAAUAGUAUAAACUUUUAAUGGUGUAGUUAUGUUUAAUAGGUAUAUAAUUUGUAGUUUAAAUUUUAAGUAUUCAUUUGGUCCUUACUUUGGUUUAUAUUUUUCUAUGCUCGAUUAUUAUGAAAUUCAGCUUAAUUUUGAGUUUUUUCUCAGUUUGGUACGGUUCAAUGUACUCGGGUAAAUGUACUCAACCCUAUACAUUAUCUCUUAUAUAAGAAAAAUGUAUUUAAUUUCAAAAAUAAACCCGCGCUUUCUAAGCGCGGGUCAAAAUCUAGUCUAUACUAUUAAAAGAGAAACAUUUUAAAAAAAUCUACUUAAAUAAAGUUGUUGGACUCUUUCAUUUUUUAGUCCAACCUAUUAUAUAUAACUAAAUCUUAUAAGCAACCUAUUUUAUAGCAACCAAAUAAAAAUCUCCUACAUUUAAAUAAAACAUAUUACUGUUUAUUGACUUUAAAUAUUAUAAUAUAAACUGUCGACCUAUAGCCUUUUAAAUAUGUACGUAGGUUUUGUAUGAACCAUUGUUUCUAUUAGUAAUGUUUAUAUAAUAUGUUUGUAUCGAAUGAUGGUAUGAAAUUAUUAUAAACCAACAUUAUACCUCAUAUAACAAGACUUUAAUGAACCAUAUAUUAGAUAUCUAUUAUUUAAAUGAGUCCGUGUUUUCAUCACAAAAAUAUAACAAAUUAGUAUUUUCAUCAAAGCAUUUUAACAACUUACAGGUUUGGUAAAAUGCUCAUACCUAAGAGAGAGUUAUAUAAGAGUGUACAUAUAUUUGAA